AUGGAAAGUCGGCUUGUGCUGGUUCACUGUCUCCUCAUAGCUUUACUUUUGGUUGAAGUUAAAUGCCAACUCGUGGGUCAAAAAGGAGCUAAGGAUCCAAAUCAACCAGAGUACUGGAUUUUAGCACAGGAGUCUCUAAUCAAAUAUGUCAUUGACAGCCAAGCCCCUACGGCGUAUAACGUUGUCCGGAUGAACGGAGUAACAUCACAAAUUGUAGCUGGUAUUUUGACUGAAUUAGAUUUUGAUGCAGUAUCGACAGAUUGUUUCUCAACAGGUAGCAACUGCAAUUUACUUCAAUGCCACUCAAGAGUAUGGGAACGUGAAAGCGAUGUUCUCGGGGGAAAAGUAGAUCAGGAUCCCAAUGAACCAAAAUACAGGGAAUUAGCACAGAAGUCACUAGAUGAAUAUAUCGCGAACAAUAAUCCCGCUGCGGACUUCCACGUUUACAAGGUGCAGAAAGUAACAACACAGGUCGUGGAAGGUCUCUUAACUGAAUUAGAUUUUGAUGCACUGGAGUCAAAAUGCGUAACACCAGGUUCCAUAUGUAUAUUGCUUGGCUGGGGCGGCUCGGGCGGUCCGGGCAAGGCUGUGUCCCGCGCAGUGGAUCUCCGACCGCCGUUCCGAGUGCACGCCGCGCCGCGCACGCACCACGCACCCGUCGCCAUGAUGCGGCGUGGUUCGAUGGCGAUCGUUGGCGGCGGCGAGCCGUUGAUAGUAGUGGAGGAAACUGGGGCUGAAGAUACUGAAACUUCAUACCGGUCGCCCGUCCCCAUUCGAGGCUAUUCAGAGGACCAAGAGUCCCCACCAGAUCCGUACCACUUGUCUCCGUGGCGGGAAACCAGAAAACAUUCGCUUCCGACCCCAUCAUGUACUUCUGGACCUACUGCUAGUCAGGUACGACGUUUAUCGGAACGUGGUGAGGGCGUAGCGCGAGAAGCACGUGAAGCUGCUUUUUUGGCAACCUUAAGUCAAGCUCCACCGCAACCUGGUGGCCGAAGACAUUCUGUAGUAACAAUAUCAAGAGUUCCUCAAGCACUAUUUGGACGAGGACGCCGUGAAUCAAUUGCGGCUUUUCCUGCUCUUGCACGUCGUCGGGAUUCAGGUGCUAAAAAAUGCCCACCAGCUACUGAUACAUUGGGAAGUACUCAUAAUCUACAGCUGGACAUAAUGGACGACAUUGUCCAAGCUCGCAAAGUGCGAAUGCGUCUCUGGAAUACUUCGAGUGAAAAAGUUUGUGAGGUACAGCCGCUUGACGAAAAAUCUCCAAUAGGCGGUUCAGUAAGAUAUACAAAUCGAGGACGUAGGCACUCAGACUUUGUUGGAGCACCUCUACCACCAAUACCUGCUCGUCGUAGAGCGUCUGAAAUGCCUCCACCACCUCCCAUUCCGCCUCGCAGCGGAGCAGGCGUCGUAUGUACAGAUACAGAUCUUAAACUCAUGUUAAAUGCUCUUACGUCGUCGGCUACAGAAAUCGAUCGUUGUGGUAAACCUGAUCGAAACCGACGACUGGCAGAUAUGCGUUCCAGCAGCUUUGAUGCGUCAUCAUUGCGAGAAAAACUAUCAGAAUCAGGAACCACGUGGUUCACACGACGACAUCAAACCUUAGCGACAAAAAAGAAAGAAAACGAAGUAAUAAAACCUAAAGUAACGUUUGCACCUGACGCAAAGGCACCUCCAGGUGAUGCUGCAGCCGUGGUGUGGGAUAAACCUUCAGGAUCAGUCGUGGAUGCAAGUGCACUCGGUAGUGCAAUAGAAGUGUUUCUUCGUAGCGGCAAUAGCGUAAAUCCUGGACCUUCAACUUCAGGUACAUCCAUUUCCAAAGAAGUCCCAUCUAAACAAGAUUCGGAACCUCGGCCGACACCAAGCACCAGUCGAGCGGGAGUACGCGGUGAGGGUGAACGCUGGUUUAUAAAUAGAUCUGAAGAAGAAGAAACAGCAGAGGGCUGCGAUGCUACUCUUUGCUCGUCCCUAAAAGACCUCUUCGUA